AAUAUCCUUUAGAAAUAAAUACAAAUUUUGAUAAAAAGACAUGUUUGGUUUAUUUAAUUUUAUCAGGUCCGAUACUAAUUCAGUCUGGUAUAAUAACUUUAUGUACAAUUUACUAUUUUAUUUAAUCGACGCUCUAUUUAAAUAUGUUCCUCAAUUAUAUGAAGACUUCCACCCCAACUGCCCACAAGGCCAUGCGUGUCAUGCGACGGCAGGCCAGUUCCCGUUUCUAGUCCUCUGCUUCGGCCCCCUCGUGGUCGGGUCGGGCGGGAUCCGGUCGUGCAAUGUUGGGUUCGGAGCGGACCAGUUUGAUUCCGAAACCGAGUCAGGGAGGAAGGCGGUCAAGAAACUCCACAAGCGGUAUAAGCUCACUGCCACGGCGGUCGCGAUGGUCUCGGUCACAAUCUUUGGUUGGGCCCAAACGACUAAGAGUUGGUUCCUCGGCUUGCUCGUCCCAGUGUUGUUAAUGCUUUGCGCCAUCGUUCUUUUCUUGUGGGGUAGAUACAGAGGCAUCUAUUUCGUCGCCAAGCCUAGAGGAAGCCCUUUGCCCAGCGUUGUGCAAGUCCUCGCUGCUGCUUUCAGAAAGAGAGGAUUGGAGUUUCCAGCAACAGAGAGUACUGAUCUCUUUGAUUUCUUCCCAGUUGGACAAGACAUCAAUUCCAAGCUUCCUUUUUCCAAUCGAAAAAAUCCUAGAGUAAAUUGCCCAUUACUGUCCCCCACCAAGCCUGCGAGGCCUCUGAUACCAAUUCCUCCGUUUCUUUUGACGUAUAUAAAGAAUUUCUCUCUCAAAUGGAAAGAAAUAAAUCAGGCUAUAGUAGCGACCAAACUGGCUCAUCUUGCCGCCGGAGUUGCAGCGAGAAACAGAGGCACCCAAAGUGGCGAGGUUGUGAGUGAAAUCGGGAAGAACCCCCAAAUAAUAUCAACCUAACCCAUCAUCUAGAACAAGAACCCCCAAACCUCCAAAACUAGAACCCUAAAAUCAUCUAACCCAUAACACCGCACAAUCAAGGCAUUAGAGAAGUAAUCGCCAUACGAAACUCGACCAGACGAAACUCUCACAUCGUCGCCGCCAAAGAAGGAAUCCCUGCCGCCAGACUUGUCUCUGCUAGUCGUGUAUCCUAAGCUUGAGUAUACUCAAUCUUAUCUGCAUAAAAAAGGAGUUCAUUGUCAGUAGAAUAAUCAAUUUUCGUGGUG